GCGCGCCACGUGACCGCUGGGUGGCUCGCGCCGGGCCGUUCGGUUCCCAGCUGCGUUCUCCGCCGCUUACUCUUCCUUCCCAGCCUCCCGGCCUCCGCACCGACGCGGCCGGGGCGGGAGCAGAGUCGGCGCUGAGUUGGAGCAGGAGCCGGAGCCGGAGCCGGAGCCGGAUCCGCAGAGACUCGGAAACAUGGAGGCCUGAGUCGGGGGCGAUCGUGGCUUCUCCUGUUCCUCCUCGGCUACCUGCUCGUCCGUGAGCUGGAAGCGGUCUCCCCGCCGGCCGAGACAGGUUGUCCUGGGGAAAUGAAGGUUUAAGGACAGACCAACCGCCUACCAGAGCGGAAGAUGGGGUCAAACAGCAGCCGGAUCGGGGACCUUCCUGGAAACGAGCACCUGAAGAAGUUCUCGGGCACGGAGUCCCUCUCUGAGAACGACCCCUUCUGGAACCAGCUCCUGUCGUUUUCCUUCCCCGCGCCCACGAGCAGUGCUGAUCUGAAGCUCUUGGAGGAGGCAACUGUUUCAGUCCGCAGGUCUUUAGUUGAAAACAAUCCUCGAACAGGAAACCUUGGUGCAUUAAUUAAGGUCUUCCUUUCUAGAACCAAAGAACUAAAAGUUUCAGCAGAAUGUCAGAAUCACAUCUUCAUCUGGCAGACACACAACGCUCUGUUUAUUAUUUGCUAUUUGCUGAAAGUGUUCAUUUGUGAGAUGUCGGAGGAGGAGUUACUACUUCAUUUCACCUACGAAGAAAAAUCUCCCGGCAGUUACAGUUCUGACUCAGAGGACCUUUUGGAAGAACUAGUCUGCUGUCUGAUGCAGCUGAUCACCGACAUCCCACUCUUAGACAUCACGUAUGAAAUAUCCGUAGAAGCUGUGUCAACCAUGGUUGCUUUCCUCUCCUGCCAGCUCUUCCACAAGGAGGUUCUGCGACAGAGCAUCAGCCACAAGUAUUUGAUGCAAGGUCGAUGUCUUCCAUACACCAGCAAACUUGUGAAAACCUUGUUGUAUAACUUCAUCAGGCAAGAAAAGCCGCCGCCCCCGGGAGCACACGUCUUCUCCCAGCAGUCGGACGGGGGAGGACUGCUGUAUGGACUCGCAUCAGGAGUGGCAACUGGGCUCUGGACCGUCUUCACCCUGGGCGGGGUGGGCAGCAAAGCGGCCGCCGCCCCUGCACUUUCUUCCCCCCUGGCCAACCAGAGUCUCCUGCUCCUGCUGGUGCUGGCCAACCUGACAGAUGCUGCAGACGCGCCAAACCCCUACAGACAGGCCAUUAUGUCCUUUAAGAAUACGCAAGAUAACAGCCCUUUCCCCUCGUCAAUCCCGCAUGCUUUCCAGAUUAACUUUAACAGUUUGUACACAGCUCUCUGUGAGCAGCAGACCUCCGACCAAGCGACCCUCCUCCUGUACACUUUGCUCCAUCAGAACAGUAAUAUUAGAACGUACAUGCUGGCUCGCACAGACAUGGAAAAUCUUGUUUUACCAAUUCUUGAGAUCCUGUAUCAUGUUGAAGAAAGAAAUUCACACCACGUGUAUAUGGCCCUUAUAAUAUUGUUGAUCCUUACAGAAGAUGACGGCUUCAAUAGAUCCAUUCACGAAGUGAUAUUAAAAAAUAUUACUUGGUAUUCAGAGCGGGUGUUAACAGAAAUUUCACUGGGGAGUCUCCUGAUACUGGUCGUAAUAAGAACCAUUCAGUACAACAUGACAAGGACAAGGGACAAGUACCUCCACACCAACUGCCUGGCCGCCCUGGCGAACAUGUCGGCGCAGUUCCGCGCCCUCCACCAGUACGCGGCCCAGAGGAUCAUCAGUUAUACCUGCCGCCACUUGCGGAGAUAUGUUCAUGUGUUGGACAAACUCUGUUUCCCCCACUCUCACUGCUCUACGCUCCAGCACUGCUUCUCGGGCCUCAGUGACAAUGGAGAGGAGCUCUUGUCUUUAACUUGCUCUCACAUUCUCAGAUCCUAUGCUUCCAGCUUAUUUUCCUUGCUGUCUAAAAAACACAACAAAGUUCUGGAACAAGCCACGCAGUCCUUGAGAGGUUCGCUAAGUUCCAGCGACGUUCCUCUACCAGAUUAUGCACAAGACCUGAACGUCAUCGAAGAAGUGAUUCGAAUGAUGUUGGAGAUCAUCAAUUCCUGCCUGACCAAUUCCCUCCACCACAACCCAAACCUGGUGUACGCGCUGCUCUACAAACGUGACCUGUUCGAGCAGUUUCGGACGCACCCUUCGUUUCAGGACAUAAUGCAAAAUAUCGACCUGGUGAUCACCUUCUUCAGCUCCAGGUUGCUGCAGGCCGGAGCCGAGCUGUCAGUGGAACGGGUGCUGGAAAUCAUCAAGCAAGGAGUUGUCGCGCUGCCCAAAGACAGGCUAAAGAAAUUUCCAGAACUGAAAUUCAAAUAUGUGGAAGAGGAGCAGCCGGAGGAGUUUUUUAUCCCGUAUGUCUGGUCUCUGGUCUACAACUCGGCCGUGGGCCUGCGCUGGAACCCCCAGGACAUCCAGCUGUUCACGGUGGACUCCGACUGAGGGGGCGCCGUCGCCCACCCUGACCCCAGCCGAGCAGCCCUCCUCGACGUUUUCUUUCCGGGGAACAGGCCCCAGCAGACUGCCUGGUGCACCUUCUGUGAGAGGAUCACACGGGCGUGUUCCCCUUGCACACUUGGAUACGGAGAAUCGGGGCCAGUCUGCAACAGAGCUGCACUCAGCUUAGAUUGUAGGGCGGGGGCAGGGCGGAUACACAGCGAUAAUAAAGAUUAAAGCCUGC